GAAUCAUGUAGCGUGACCAAGAAGUUCAGGAAGUGCUUUAUUAUGAAGCUGUUUAGAUUAUGGCAGGGAAAUAAAACACAGUUAAAGCUGGUGUUUUUAGCUAGUAGAAACAUGUCGAAAACAUGCAGUGAGCGCGGUGUGGCAGACGGUGAUAACAGCAGGUCCAUUCAUUCAGAUUCCAUCGAGGAGGUUCAUAAAGUCCCUCUGCAGGUCAUCAUCAGACCGUUUCCUCCGGAGCUGGACGAGCAGAAAGUCCAGAGUCUCAUGGACACGAUUAAGGAGACGACAGACAUCAGCGUUGUUCCUCCCAUUGAUGUGCUCUGGAUCAAAGGCAGAGAAGGAGGAAAUUACUAUUACUCGUUCGGAGGCUGUCACAGGUUUGCUGCGUUUCAGAGGCUGAACAUGCCAACCAUCCCAGCUAAAAUCAUCAGAUCAAACGUGUCCGACCUCAGAACCUACCUGGGGGCUUCAACACCCGAUCUGCUGUGAUGCCUAUUCUUUUUAUUUCAUUUUUCAUACGCAUCUUUUUAGAUUGACCACACAGAAAAUGAAAGUGUUGGUUGUUUCUGGUGGCUGCAGUACACAGGGUUUACCAGCAGAGGGGAAUAAAACUCUAAAUAAACACACAGCUGAUGCGCAACCGCUUUAAUUUAAACAUGUUUUUACUAUUUAAUAAAUGUUAUCCAUCAGAGAUGGGUCUGUAUUAAUCUAGAAAUAAAUAAUAAAUGAGACACAAAGAUAA